GUCAGCAGCGCUGAGGGUAGCGGAGCAGCGGCAGUCGUGUUUCGAGAGGAAGAAGAUGACUCUCAUCAAGGAGUACCGGGUGGUUUUGCCCUGUAGUGUUGAGGAGUACCAAGUGGCGCAGCUGUUUUCUGUAGCUGAGGCCAGUAAAAAUGAGACGGGCGGUGGUGAGGGCAUUGAGGUACUGAAGAACGAGCCCUAUGAAAAAGAUGGAGAGAAAGGACAGUAUACACAUAAAAUCUACCACUUAAAGAGUCGGGUACCAGGACUUAUCAGGUACUUGGCUCCAGAGAGUGCCAUGGUAUUCAAUGAAAAAGCUUGGAAUGCCUACCCUUACUGCAGAACCAUUGUGACGAACGAGUAUAUGAAAGACAAUUUCUUCAUUAAAAUCGAGACGUGGCACAAACCAGACAUUGGAACUCAAGAAAACGUGCACGGACUAGACCAGGCCACAUGGGACAAGGUUACUGUCGUGCCAAUUGACAUCGCAGACAAUCUAAAAGUGGAGGCUGCCGACUACAAGCCAGAUGAGGAUCCUACCAAGUUCAAGUCAGUUAAGACGGGCAGAGGACCUCUUGGGCCCAACUGGAAGAGAGAGUUGGGUAGUCAGACUGACUGCCCAAAGAUGUGUGCCUACAAACUGGUCACAGUCAAGUUCAAGUGGUGGGGUCUGCAGAACAAAGCGGAGAACAUAAUCCAUGAUCAAGAGAAGAGGAUUUUCACUAACUUUCACCGCCAAGUCUUCUGCUGGAUUGAUAAAUGGGUGGACCUGACUAUGGAGGAUAUCCGGCGGAUGGAGGCAGAGACGCAGAAGGAGUUGGAGGACCUUCGCAGACGGGGUGAAGUUCGAGGAACCACUGCUGCAGAAUAAAGAAAAGGCAACAGAUCUUAAACACCCAUGAUGACGGCAGCAAUGGUCCCUCGGUGCCUCUUUUACCUUAACUGAUCCAUGCUGUGGGGGGAGGGGGCACUGCUACCUGCAAUCAAUAGAGCGGAUCCCUGGCUUGCACCCAAUCAUAGACAAUCUAUCCAUUGAGGAAUUGAUUUCUAGAAACCAGCAUGAUCCCUGCUGAUAAGACUCUGGUUAAUUUUGAUCCCCUGGGCAGAGAAACUCCAGGUAUCAGCAUCAUGUUAUUGACGAGACCCAACAUUCUGGAGAGAUGAGGAGGAGCUGCUUGAAGUAGAGAUGUUAUUUGGUGUUUUUUUUUUUUUUUUUUUUACAAAAGCGAUUCAUUGAUUUGAUUUCACAGUGGCAGGUGUAGGACCAACAAUUUCCUCUGUACUUUCUUGUUUUCUAAUUUUUCCCUUCCUUUUUUGCUGAUGUUUAUCCUCAAACAUUCCUCUCUGGAUGAUCUUUGUCUCCUUGGUUUUGAACUGUACACAGCGUGGUUCAGUGGUUUGCAUUCCCUGGCAUGAGUCUGUCUGUUUGUCAUACUCGUGUUCCUUCCUGCCACAGCAUCCAUUAAGAGAUUACUAACACCCUUGGCACCUUAGCCCAUUGCAAUCCUCCCCCCACUCUACCCAAAGCACUGCAUCUUAUUAGCACUGACAAUCAUGCCCGAACAGGUAUUCGCUCUCACUCCUAUACAGAUUUAAUAGAACCCCCCACAUACACGUCCAUAUUACACGCGUACAUCGCGCACAUGAGGUAAACAUGUGAAUUCAUUUUCACACGCACUCGCAGGUGCAGACGCCUUUGUGGUGACUGAUCUCCAAAAAAUUCAUACUGGGCAGAUCUAUGCAGGCUUGUUCAGCUAAAGGAUGUUACUUUGGAAGUGUUUACAGAUCAUGCUGACUCCCCCCCCCCCCCCCCUUCCACAAACACUCCAUAUUCAGAAGACAUUCUCACACAACGUACAACACAGCAUUCCCCUCCAUACUGAUGUCCCUUGAGAUAACAGGCACCGAAAACCGGCCACAGAUGGUGCUGCACCCCUCCAGCCUCUUUGUCAACCACACGUGGUUCUCCGAGGACGACCAUCUCCAAGUGACCUCUUCUGUUUUCAUGUGUUUACAGAUUCAUAAUUGCCUUACCAGUGUGCACACUUCGCCAGCACCACACGCUUGCCUUAAUCUCCAGACCUUUUAUAUUUUAUUGGACCUAUCAAACCUCUUGUAGCUCUGCUGCCAGCUAUUGCUCUAGCUACCUCCCCUAUCCCUGACGGGCAAUCGAGCUAACGACUAAAUGUUAGCAGUAGCUUUUAGCUGCCACUUGAUGGGAGUAAAUCAUAUCACAGCUCCAAGAGCAAAGUUGAUUUGUGAUGACUCCUGGAUUUCUUCAGGGUGUGGAAUGCCAUGCGAUUCCCUUGUUUCUUAAUUAAGUGUCACAGCGCCUGAGCAAAUGAAAUUCCUUCAGCAAGAAGAACUCUGUAUGUCUGUGCUGUAACAGCCAGUGUGCACUGUUGUUGCUCCAAAGGACUGAUUAACUUCUGUGCCUCAAACCUGCCAUGUUAGUGGAUAUGCCUUUUUGAUGACACAACUUCAGCUCCAUAGUGCACGUUCUCCCCUCAGGCUUCAGACUCGUGGCACUGGCCUACAGUGUUGAUCAUCACGGGUGUUAAAUACACAACUGUAAACAGUACAAAUGGUUUCCUUGGCUCAUUCUUACUGUUUGUGGUUUUUUUUCCUGGUGUGUCCAUUUGUGCAACAGCAAUCUGGGGUUUGUUUUUAUAUAGAUCUAUUAUCCACAUUUUUAAGACCCUGAUGCAGCGAUACUUUGCUCAAAGAUGUUUUUAUUUCCUUCUUUCUGGCGAGGGAAUACAAUCAUUUCCUUUCGUAAUGGGUUAUUGGCUUGUACUAAACAGCAUAAAUAGAUUUCUGAUAUGUUUACAUGUAUUCAGCAACUGUACACUGUUUUAAAUGCAAUCAAUAGGAAAGUUUCAGUCUGAGGCAACAUUUUUCAAAACAACAAAAGUCUUCUCAGGUGACCAAUACAGCGCAAGGACCUAUUUGAAAUUCCUGCUCAUCAGUUGCCCCAGACCACCUUCCUCUCACCGUUCCAUAGUUAGCGUUUGGAAAUGUGGUGCUAUAGUUUGAUUAUGACAGGAGCUGGUUGUGAGACAGUGUAGUUGGAGUAAAUGCGUCAGUUGGUCUUUGUGAUGGUGGAGCAGUACGCAAUCAAAGAGUGUAAAAAUAUAUAAUCAAUAUAAUCCAUGUUUCAAGUCUCUUAAUUAUUCUUGCGGUCUGCUGAAUACAGAACCCACUGGCUAAAGAGAAUAACUUCCAUCAGUGGUUUUCCAUCUGUUUAAGAUGAUGAAAAUAGGGAGCGGAGGUGUUCACAUAGCUACUCUACAGUCUUAUCCUAAUUUAUGAAAUCUAUGAUUGUUUAAUUUCUGAGCUGCUUGCUUUUUAAUGUUUCUGAUCAGCUUUUUGAAAUUCAGGGGACAUGGUAGUGAAUGUAUGAUAUUUUGUGCCUUUUCUCUCUGUAAAUCUUUGUGUGCCAUCUUCUUGUAUCUCAAUAUCAAAUAAAAAAGUUUAUCUAGUUUA